CAUUUUUUAGUCAAUUAACUAAAGUGGCUGCAGGUGACGUUGUCAAUCCUGGAAUCAAUUCCGUAAACAGGCGGAAAGGAAACGUUUGAAGACACUGACUCACUGUUUUAAAAGAUUUAUAAUUCAUAGCUUAAAAAAAUGAAAGGUUUGGUAAAGUCAGGUAGAAAAACAGUGUGAGGAAGUGUUGUGUCGAAGAACGUCUUGCUAGUUUAAAGCUGUUGUUCUCUGUGGAGAGUUUACAGCCACGGGAACCAGUUGAAUCUGAUCCAGGACAGAAGGAGGAACGGACAAUACCCUCCAAAGGAGGAAAACGAUCUGCCUCUAGCCACCAUUCUGCAGGAAGCAACAAAGAUUGAGUCAUUGCUAACAUCACAGAGGAUAUCACAGAUGCCAUGGCAGUACUUGGAAAAUUCCUGAAGCUAUUCAUGUUUGUGGGAUUACUGGUUUUUACCAACUUUUUCUUUUAUCAAUUGGACAAGUCACAACAAAAAUCUGUUAACUGGAUUCAAUGGCGACAGCAUUUAAGAAAGAAGCAGAUGAAAGAAAUGUGUGAGGGAUUUUCAAAAAGUAAAUAUAGUGUAGACAAUAUGACUGCAGACAUGUUUGAGAACUUUGUUGUGGACGACACUCACAGACUCAUCUACUGUUAUAUCCCCAAGGUUGCAUGCACUCAGUGGAAAAGAAUCAUGCUUGCGCUGAAAUUAGGCAAGCCAUAUCCUGACCUUUUGUCCAUUGAUCCUUCAGUUGUCCAUGGCACUAAUCGUCUCAGUUACCUAAAUGACUUUGACACAAAUGAAAGGAUGGAGCGGAUGGAAAACUACACCAAGUUUCUGUUCGUUCGGGACCCAUUUUCUCGUGUUGUCUCAGCUUUCCGUGACAAAUUUGAGUAUAAACAUCUGCAUGAAUACUACUAUGAGAUCUAUGGCAGAUUUUUCCUGAAACGAUAUGGUAAUCACUCCAAUCCACCCAGGACAAUGAGUGAAGCAAAAUCAUUAGGCAUCCACCCCACGUUUCAAAACUUUGUUCAGUUCCUGGUGGAUCCAGCAAUGGAGAAAUACUUUGAUCCCCACUGGACGCAGAUGCAUCGCCUGUGUCACCCCUGCCUCAUACAAUAUGAUUUUGUUGGUCAUCAGGAAACUCUUAAGGAGGAUGCUCCAGAGCUGCUGAAGAAGUUAAAUGUAGCAAAUGAUAUAAAAUUCCCUCCUUCCACCAACAUCAACAAGACAACCCUUGAAUGUGUCAGGAACAUGAUGAACACUGUUCCCCUGGAGGACAGGAAGAAGAUGUACAAGGUUUAUGAAUGGGACUUCAAACUUUUUGGCUAUAGAAGACCAAAAGAAUGGCUCGAUGAUUGAAUCACAUUAUUUGGUUAAUUUAAUACAGCCACUGGGAAAAAUGUGACAUCAUGGAAACACGUGUUUUCUAUCUAUCUUGAAUGGGGCUUUGUCGUCAGUGAUAAAAGCACCACUCAGUUUUUUUGUGUUGAAGGAACAAAUUAAAAAUAAACAAAGGUGAAGUUCUCAAGUUA